GAAUCAGAGCCUUUCAUGGUUCCAUCUUGUCCUGCCAGUCUGCCGGGGUUCCAUCUGAAAGGCCUAAAAAGUGGAACAACUUACAACAUGACGUACAAAAUUGCAAAUGAUAUCAGCACAGUCUUGACUGAAACGACUACCACCGUCACUGAUUAUCAACAGAUAAACACUGGUCUCCCCGCGCGCAGUGGAGCCAUGGUGGUCAUCACCGUCAUUCUGUCUUUGGCUAUGGUGGCCCUCGUGGUUGGAUUCAUUAUUAGUGUGUUCUUUUCAGGCUGAGCUCAAUGUGAUUCACUUCAAUAAGACUUCAUGAAAUCUAUUUAACUUCAGAAAUAAUUCAAACGCAUUUUAGAUACAUUUAGAAAAUGUCAGUCUAAAUUAACAGUAUACCUAUUGUGUUGGAUGUAAAAGGGAAUUACACAAAUGUACUAUAUAGGCUAAUUAUCAAUAAUUUCAAACUGAAUGGUG